UUCUUUUAUGCGUCUUGCUUCCUCUCUACUUUCCUCAUCUCUCUCUCUCUCUCUCUCUCUCUCUCUCUCUCUUUUUCUCUUUGCUCUCUCUUCACUCACUCCUCACCUUCUUUUUAAGCUUUUCUUUCCUUUUCCUUCCACAUUUGAGUGACAUACAAGGACCAUAUCAUCUUCAUCAUUGCUUGUCCUUUUGACACCAACAGCCUGAAUUCCCACCUCUGCUUUCUUAUAUCUACUCAAAGCAAAAGAUUUUCCCAAGAAAAUUUCUGGGUUUUCUUUCUUAUUCCUUACUUUCUUCUGGAUCUUCACCUUUUCUUGGAUUGAACUCCAUAUUCCUCCUUAAAAGUCAUGGGAAAGGACAGAACAGCCACACCCUCUUGGAACCCUUCGAGUUUUGGCAUGGAAAUGCAGUCCAAUGAGCUCAAUUGUGGCUCACAGCAGCUCCCCAAUUCUCUUUUUAAUGCCAAUUGGGACAAUUCAAUGGAUCAGAGCGAUCCCUUUGAGUCUGCCUUGAGCUCCAUUGUUUCUUCUCCGGCGGCGUCCAACGCCGCCAUCGCUGCGGGCAAAGGCGGCGGCGACGGAGAAAUGAUUAGAGAACUAAUUGGAAGAUUAGGAAGCAUUUGUAAUUCAGGAGAAAUAUCUUCACACUCUUACAUGUGUGGCAAUAACAGCACUAACACUUCAUGUUAUAGCACCCCAUUGAACUCUUCACCUAAGCUGAACCUGUCAAUGAUUGAUCCACAGAUGAGAGGCAAUUUGCCAAUUCCUGGAAAUCAUUUACCUUCACAUCCAAGUUUGGCACCUUUUCAAGCUGACCCUGGAUUUGUUGAGAGGGCUGCAAGGUUUUCCUGCUUUGGUGGUGGCAAUUUUGGUGGCCUCAAUGGGCAGGUCAACUUGAAUGAAGCUGAACUGGCUUAUAGAUCAAUGCCAAAAAUUGAUUCUGGCAAGCUUUCCAGAGCUUCCAGCAACCAAUCACUUAAAGUUGCUGCUGGAUCUCAAUUGGGUGUUCAAGAAAGCAACAAAAGCUCUCCCCAGGGUGGGAAUUCAGCUCCUGAUAAGAAAUUCGGCAGGUUUUCGAGGUCCUCCACCCCAGAAAAUGCUGAAUUGGGUGAUUCAAGGGAAGGAUCAUCAGUUUCUGAGCAGAUCCCAGGUGGGGAUAUGAGUGUGAAAGCAGAAAAUGUGACCAAUUCCAGGAAAAGGAAACCUGUUGCAAGAGGAAAAGCCAAAGAAACCUCUUCAUCUCCCUCUGUUAAAGAUGGCAAGGUUGUGGCAGAAAAAGAGGAACCAAAUUCCAAGAGAAGCAAAACAGAUGAAGCUUCUGGGAACGAAAAGGCAGCUGCAAAGGCAAAGAUAGAGCCCAGUGGAGGUUCCAAAGCUACAGGGGAUGGGGCUCAAAAGCAAACAAAGGAUAAUUCAGAGCCUCCUGAGGCUCCAAAGGACUAUAUCCAUGUCAGAGCCAGAAGGGGUCAAGCUACUGAUAGCCAUAGUCUUGCAGAAAGAGUUCGAAGAGAGAAAAUUAGCGAAAGGAUGAAAUUUCUUCAAGAUCUUGUUCCUGGUUGCAACAAGGUAACUGGAAAAGCAGUGAUGCUAGAUGAAAUUAUAAAUUAUGUGCAGUCAUUGCAGCGCCAAGUUGAGUUUCUUUCAAUGAAAUUGUCAACUGUAAAUCCCAGAAUGGAUCUGAACAUGGAGGCUCUUCUGUCAAAGGAGAUUCUUCAAUCUCGUGGGUCUUUACAAAAUGCCCUUUACCAAUUAGAUUCUGCAAUACCUUCAUUCCCUUUAGGGUACCAGCCGCAGCAACUGCCACCUUUACAUAGCAGCAGCAUCUCUAGUGGGACAGAGACACAAUUUCCAGAGAGCCCUCUAAAUGCUGCAAUGCGUCAAAGUCAAGGCAUGCAGUUACCUACAUUUGAUAGAUUUGGUGGAACAGCACCUCAAGCUCCACAAUUCUUUGAGGAUGACCUUCAAAGUGUGGUUCAGAUGGGAUUUGGCCAGAUUCAGCAGGAGAGCCUUCAUGGUUCAAUGGCUUCAGCCCAGAUGAAAGUUGAGCUAUAAUCCGCAGAAUUAACUGUAUAUACAGAGAAAUUCCAGUUUGAGUGGAUCUUUAGCCUGGAGGAAAAUAACAGCUUCUCUUUUCCAAUUUUAGUCUCUCGCAUCGGCACAUUGAUUCAGCAACUCAUUCUUUGGAGAAUUCUUUCAAGAAUUCCACAUUAAUGUAUAUCCUAGAACUAAUUGCAGCAAUUCUAUAAGACCACAUUUAAGAUAUAUGUGUAGCAUGGUAAGAUGAGUGUUGGGGGGAUAAAAACUUGAAAGAAAGAGAGUUGUUCAUGUAAACUUCAGUUUUGAUCCAACCUUGUAUCUACUUACCAUUUGAUAAUGUUAUUACUGAGAUUCAGCGAGACUCUUUAUAAUGUUCCAUUGUUCA